CGCUGCUUGUCCGGAAGCACGAGCAGAUUAAUAUCACGUCGGCGGUCGUACCGGCGCAGCCCCGCACUCAGCUGUAGGAGCCAUGAAUUUCACAGCGUGCUGUCACGUCAUGGCCUGAGAGACCGCCAUGCCGCCUUAGGCCACCAUGUCAGAGCGACAAGUGCGUCACGUGGUGGUGACUCGCCGCAACUCGUCCAGCGGCCCGCCGUCAGCGCUGCCGCGCCCGCCACGGCCGGUUGAGGAACCACAGUUCGAUCUUGUCUGCAAGGUGAUGCUGCUGGGCGACUCCGGCGUGGGCAAGACGUGCCUGCUGGUGCGCUUCAGGGACGGCCGCUUCCUCAGCGGCAGCUUCAUCUCCACCGUGGGCAUCGACUUCCGGAACAAAGUGGUGACGGUGGACGGCAGCCGCGUGAAGCUGCAGAUCUGGGACACGGCGGGCCAGGAGCGCUUUCGCAGCGUCACGCAUGCCUACUACCGCGAUGCACACGCACUCCUGCUGCUGUACGAUGUGACGAACAAGACGAGCUUCGACAACAUUCGGGCGUGGCUGGGCGAGAUCCGCGAAUACGCCCAGGAUGACGUCGUCAUCAUGCUGCUGGGCAACAAGGCAGAUUGCGGCUCAGAUCGGUUGGUGAGGAAGGAGGAUGGUGAGCGGCUAGCACGAGAGUACAAUGUUGCCUUCAUGGAAACCUCCGCUAAGACUGGCCUCAAUGUAGAACUCAGCUUCCUGGCUGUUGCCAGGGAGCUGAAGUCACGCAAGAGUGGGAAUUCAGAUGCCAACAAGUUCAACGUACAAGAGUAUGUGCGAGAACAGGCACAGCGUGGCUCAUGUCCACCAUGCAACACGUGAGCUUUCAGGACUGUCGUCUCUGCUGUGUUAACAAUGUUUUGUACCUGCUAGUGUGUUGCACAUGGACUGCUGUGUCUCUACAACAGAUCUGAAUACUUAAGACACAAUGAUAUAUUAUGAAUAGCCUUCAUUCAGUUGAUUUUAUUAGUUCGUUGCAACAUUGUAAGUUACCAAGCCAUAAAAACACUAGUGUACUCUAUGCAAAUAUAAUGUCACUGACAUUGAUAAUUGGGUACAUUUUCCAUGGAAGAAAUUAAAACUAAAAUCUUGAACACUGGCAAUGGAUGCCUCCAGAUACAUUUUGUCAAGGUAAUGCUGCUACACUCCAGCACAUUCUUUUGUGCAGAACUAUUGAUAUGAAAAUAAAAGAUACAGAGAUUGGAACAAUCUGUUUAACAUAUCAGUAACAUUUGCUUUCAUCAUAGAAUGUAAUGCUUAGUUACAGAAAAUAGUCUCAUUCCGUUUAAUAAAACUAUUUUUAUGCCUAUAAUCCUUCAUUCACAUCACUAAAAUUGGACCAAUUAUGUCCCACUAGAAUAAUGUUUGAAAUGCUGCAGGGUCAUUUAACUAAAACAACUUUCAAAUGAGUGCUUCUUCUUUCAUAGUGAAUAACUGUACUGAGUAUUUUUGAUAAGCUAUUUAGCUUAGUGGGAAACACAUCCAAGCAAUUAAGCUGAUUUCAACAUUAAUGAGUUUUUUAAAUACAAGCCCUUGACAUAAUUCAGUUUUUAAUUCAUUUCAGUUCAGAUGAAUUUAUCCUCAUUUUGUUAAAGACAAUAGGAGUACUACUUUGGGGUGUUA